AUGGAAUGCGUAGCUGAUGUUCGCUGUCAAUCCUUCAACUGUGCUGAGUCUGGAAAUAAGUGUGAAUUAAAUGACCAACGGAGGGAAACUAGACCAAGUGACUUUGGUACCAGAGAAAAUGCCACAUACUUUGGUCCCACGCCUCAGCAAGUGAGUUAUAAAAGCUUUAAUCGUAGGCCGUUUCCAAGUUCCACAAACUCUCACUUUCAAAGCGAGGCUAAGUGCCAAACCUUUCAUGCGAAAAUGAGUUUCAUUUGAAUAAGACUAAAAAAUUAUUUUCGUCUGAAUCGCUUGGCACUUAGCCUCGCUUUGAAACAGAGGCUUGGGGCAACGCAGAAAUGGCCUUCCUUUCUGGAACUGGACAACGCGCGCCGAUCUAAAAAUCGAUUGACCAAUGACAAGCGGCAAAUUGACAGCGAAGUCGGGUUGAGUCCUUUUCGCGCUCUUUCGCCUUCUUUUUGACGUUGCGUUGUCUCUGCUAAAUCUGUCUGAUAUCUUUCACAAAGGCCAUUUAGAACCAAACAAUAAAAGAAAUUCUACACUUACUGUACCUUACAUACUCACGUGCACGUAACGUGUUCUUCAGGGACCACUCAACCUCGUCCCCAGGGCGCUUUUCCCUGGCUUUGGAGGUGGGACGGGAAAGGCGCCCUGGAAACGAGGUUGGGGACCACUGACUUCUGUUCCUAAGGUAGGUAGGUAGGUAGAUUUUUUAUUUAAAACUCGGUAAAAUCUUCAGUAAUAAUAGAGUAAAAAUCUAAUCACAAUUAAUUAGACUAAAAACUAUCGACAUACUGUUUUACAAGACUGCCGAGUGAGAGUCCGACGACUCAAAUACAUGUUUGAUUUGCUCUUUAAAUUUCCUGACUGAUUUAGUUUCUCUCACAUUUUCGGGUAAAGAGUUCCACAACGAAGCACCGCUGUAACUGAAACUUCGUUUCAAGUAGUUAGUACGCGGCCUGGGCAACGUCAAUUUAUGAAAGGAAUUGCGCAAAUCAUAGUCUGUGCUUCGUUCGUGAAAUAGGUUCUGCAAGUACACUGGAGCUUGUUCAUUUAGAGAUUUAAACAUCAUUAUUGCUUUAUGCUUCUUUCUCCUUAUAACUAAUUUGUCCCAUUUGAGUAUAUCAAGAAGCAGGCUCGAGCUAGUCCCAUAGUUGGCCUUUAAAAUUACUCUAGCUGCACGGUUCUGUAACUUUUGUAAUUUGUCACUCAGUUGAUCACUUAAGCCAUCCCAAACAAGGCUACAGUAAUCAAAGUGAGGUUGAAUUAAGGAGUUAUAGACUAGUACCGCAGUAGAUUGGGAGAUAAGGGGCCUAAUACGUCUAAGGGCACCUAUAGCCGAAGUUACCUUCUUACACAAUUCGUUAACAUGAUUAGACCAGGAAAGCCGAUUGUCAAUAAUGAGACCUAAUGAUUUUGCGUGAUCAACAUUGCUGAUAACUUGGUCUUCUAGUUUGAUGUUUAUUUCGUUAUGGCUUUCCCCAGGUGGUCUCUGUAGAGUAGUUUCAUUGUAUUAACCCCUGCUUUCCUGAAAACCUGGUCAGGAAAAUGUGGUUUUUUAUCGUUUUCGGUAACAAUAGCACGUUUGUUCAUCUCCGCCGUUUGUGAUAUAUGUCCUUUCUAUCAGGAGGGAACUGGAAGCGGUUGCAUGUCGGUCACUUGUCAACAUGGUGGAACAUGCGUAGACUCGUGCUGGAAUCCCCAGAUGUUCACCUGUGAGUGUCGCAAAGAUUAUGAAGGAGUUUUCUGUGAAAAGCAUAGCGGAGGUAAGGAAUAUCUUUAUUAUACAAAUUUGCUCACAUAUACGCACCAAAUUGGUAAAGAUAUCCAGUUUCCAAACUGGAUAUGAUCUCCGAUCCGAGAAAUUUGAACUCGUCAGUAUUUGACAAUAUUCUAACCUACGACCGCCCAGGCACCAAGCGAGCGCUCUACGUACAGAGAGACUCCUUCUCGAGAAGGGAUAGGCUAUUUACUGCUGGGCGUUAUAUAUGCGACACGUGUCAUGCAUACUGUAACAAGGUAAUGUAGAAAGCGCAGUGAUGAAUAAAGAUGGAAAAUCCGAUUUCUAAACUCGGUAGUAAAUAAGUAAGUGGGGCAGAGAUAAAGAAUCGUGAAUAACCGAUACUUUCUUACCGUAGGGUGAUUUAACAUAUAGACAGAAUCGGGUCUUGUUCACUUAGAAAACUUCCACUUUAUAUCGUUGCAGUGAAAACUUGUCAGGAACUGAAAACGCUAGGCGAGAAUCUUGACGGUGUUUAUGAUAUCAAUCCCGAUGGCCAGGGAAUCAUCAGUGUCUUUUGUGACCAAACGACGGACGGUGGUGGGUGGACUGUGGUACAGAGACGCUUCUCUCCAUACAUUGCCAACUUUGAACGAGUCUGGCUCGAAUACAAAAACGGCUUUGGCGACCUUUCCGGGGAAUUCUGGCUUGGCAAUGACAACCUGCACCAACUCGCUGCGUCCUCCAGCGUUCUCCGAAUCGAUUUAACAGCAAACACCGGACAGACGGGUUACGCCAAGUAUGGUGGUUUUACAGUGGGGGACGAGACGACCAAAUUUCGGUGGGAUAUGAACUCAUACCAAGGCAACAUUGGAAAUAGAGUUUAUGGACAUUCUCAUGCCCCCUGGAAUACACGUGGAAUGAAAUUCAAUGCAAAGGAUGCUGAUAAUGAUAACAGUCCAGACACCCAUUGUGGUGCUUAUGCUGGCUGGUGGUUCAACUGGUGCGGUUUGGUAAACCUUAACCAACAAUCAGAGCCGCACUGGAAUGGAUGGGGUGCAAUAACAUUAUCCGAGAUGAAAGUCAGAAAGAACUGA